AUGGAAAGGGAGAUGAUAAAGAGAAGUAAGGGUAAGAAUAUGAGUUGUAGUUAUUUGUUGUUUGGUAUAAAAAUAUAAGAAAAACACUUAAUUGAUCAUAGAAAGGAAAUUUAUUACUUAACAUAAAUAAGUGAUAACGAAGUAAGCCAUUACUCUCAAAAAAAGAAUUAAAUUAACCUAAUAUCAUACCAAAAAGUAAUAGUAAUUAAAUCUCUCAUUUAAUAUUAAAAAGUUUAUACCAAACACCCCCUUAAAUUAAACCCUAAUAAAACCCUUCUCCGAUUUCUUCCUCUUAUUUAUACGAUAUAAACCCUAGCUGAUAUCUUUACUAUUUGAAACCAAAGAGCGAGGUUCCUAAAACCCUAGCCAUUUAUAGUGUCUGUGUAUUUGAAGUCCAAUCUAUACGAAGAUGAAGCCGCAAGGAAGAGGAGGUAGAGGUGGUUUUGGGGGCCGUGGAGGCGGUAGAGGAGAUGGAGGUAGAGGAAGAGGUGGUGGUGGGCGAGGACUUGGAGCUCGUGGUGGAAUAAUGAAGCCCCGAGGAGGUGGGCGAGGUGGAGGUGGUCGUGGAAGAGGAGGUGGUCGUGGAGGUGGAAGAGGGGGCAUGAAGGGAGGUUCUAAAGUGAUUGUAGAGCCCCAUAGACAUGCUGGUGUAUUUAUUGCGAAGGGUAAAGAAGAUGCUCUUGUUACUAAGAAUAUGGUUGCUGGUGAAUCUGUUUACAAUGAGAAGAGAAUUUCUGUUCAGCAAGAAGAUGGAACAAAGGUUGAAUACAGGGUAUGGAAUCCAUUCAGAUCAAAGUUGGCAGCUGCCAUUCUUGGUGGUGUUGACAAUAUUUGGAUAAAACCGGGUGCUAAGGUUUUGUAUCUUGGGGCUGCCUCUGGAACUACGGUGUCUCAUGUUUCUGAUGUUGUUGGCCCUGAGGGUGUUGUUUAUGCGGUUGAAUUUUCACACCGAAGUGGUAGAGAUUUGGUCAACAUGGCAAAGAAAAGGACCAAUGUUAUCCCCAUCAUUGAAGAUGCAAGGCAUCCAGCAAAGUACAGGAUGCUUGUGGGAAUGGUCGAUGUCAUCUUUUCUGAUGUUGCUCAGCCUGAUCAGGCUAGGAUUUUGGCGCUCAAUGCAUCAUACUUCCUUAAAGCUGGAGGCCACUUUGUUAUAUCAAUUAAGGCCAACUGUAUUGACUCGACUAGCCCUGCGGAGGCUGUAUUUGCCUCGGAAGUGAAGAAGCUACAACUAGAGCAGUUCAAGCCCAUGGAGCAGGUUACCCUCGAGCCAUUUGAACGUGACCAUGCUUGUGUUGUGGGUGGUUAUCGUAUGCCCAAGAAGCAGAAGAAUUAAUGAUGGGGUCCAGCAUUGUUACAUUAUCUGAAGCGUAGUAUAGGUUAAUACUGUGAACUUGUAAAAGUUUGUUUUAACCUAUGAAUUUUGUGAGAUACAUUUUCAGAAUAGUUUUAUUGUAAUUGGAUAACAGAAAUUUACUUAUUUAAUUUUUGAAUGUAUAUUAUUUUGUUGUGAUUAUCAGGUGGGCUGUUGAAUUAUAUCCAUAAAGAUCAGGAUAGAAGCAACUGAGUGCUGACUUCAAGCCUUAGAGGUGAUUUUAAGUUUCUAUUUGACCUGUUUUUGGAAAGUCAUAAAACCAAGAUGCUUCUUUUGUUAUGAAGCUAAAUGUGAUUUUAUGCUAGAGUUGUUCUAUCGACGGGUAGCGGAUUAGAUAAUGUCUUAAAAAUUUACCUGCGGGCUCAAAUAUUGAAAAGUUUGCUUGCAAUUUGCAGGCCUAUU